AUGUCAAACCGAUAUCAAAUGCCUCUGGAUGGAGGCGACGUUAAGACCCGAAGACAAGCCAGUGGCGGAAUUUCGGGCUAUGACUCGGCACCUAUGGGAGGAGCCAAUUUUUCGUCUUAUCCUGGAGCCGCGGCCAGUUCGCCGUCGUUCGCCCGUCGGGCACACGAGGUUUCGGAAAAAAUCGAUAAUUUCCUGGGUACUGUUGGAACACCUGUUAAACCGUAUCUUCCAGGAAUCGGCCGGUUCCUGAUUAUUGCCACGUUUGUGGAGGAUGCAUUCAGAAUCGUCACGCAAUGGUCAGACCAGGUGGGGUAUAUUUGGAACGUCCGUGGCUUGCCACAUAUCAUAGCAGUUCUUUUCCUUUCUAUUAAUGUUGUGGCAAUGUUGAUUGGCUCGUUUUCGGUGGUGUUUAAAAAGAGACUUGAAAUCGGCGUGGGUGCUCUGUUAUUUGUGGUGGUGUCACAGGCUCUUGUGUAUGGCCUGAUUUUCAAGUUCUCGUUCUUUUUCCGCAAUGUUUCGCUUGUCGGAGGACUGUUGAUUGUUCUGUCUGAUGCAUUUGUCCGUGACAGGAGAUCUCUCUCUCUACCUGGUUUACCAGUGCUCGAGGAUAAAGACCGUAGCAAGUAUUUACAAUUGGCCGGCCGUAUCCUGCUCAUCUUCCUUUUCAUUGCAUAUAUGGUGACCAGAAACUGGACUGUUAUCGGCGGAUUCUUCAAUGUCAUUGGUUUGGUUGCCUGUAUUAUGGUAGUCGUGGGUUUCAAGGCCAGACUAUCUGCUUCGCUGCUGGUGGUUCUUUUGUCGGUUCAAAACUUGCUCACAAACCCCUACUGGCGCUAUGCUUCACGUAACCCUGCCCGUGACCUGCUCCGCUACGAAUACUUCCAAACUCUCAGCAUCGUCGGUGGUCUCAUCCUGCUCGUGUCGUCUGGCGCUGGCAGAAUCAGCAUCGACGAGAAGAAAAAGAUCUACUAA